CCGGUACAAAUCAUGGUUACCAAGCUGGUUCUCCCGUCCUGCGAGCGGGACCCUACGCAUCCCAACCACCCCCCUCAGCUACAAAAGCCGCUGAGAAUCCAGAUCAUGGGAAUGAGCAAAUAUAUCGACAGCUUGUUCGACAACGGCGCUAAGAUACCACAGGAAGCCGUGCAAACGCCGGGUGUAGAUUCGCCUGGAGCCGAAUUUGACGAAACCGGUUUGCGGUUCGCUAAGAUGGCUUUCAACUUGUUCUACGGCCGCGACCCAAACCCAGAUAUAGCCGCCGAUUUUGUGCCGCAGCACCAACAUAGCACAUUCCCAAAGGUCGACGAAUUCAAGCCAGGGGAUGCUCCGUACGGAUAUUGCGUUACGUUCGACCAUCUUGUGGACCCGGCCGACGACGACCCGGAAACGCUCAUGAUAAACCUUUGCGAUCCUGCCGAUCCGCAGUCGGCUACCUACUUCGAGCUGGACCUAGCUCCGUAUACAACCGGCUUGGCGGCGCCGAUCGUGCUCCUCGUCCCGCGGUGCUGCCAACUAAGGAAGGGAACCACCGACCGCCAGAGGAUCAACGGCCAAGUAAAGGAGGCCAAGGAGGGCUUUCGCCCACCCAUGGAGUGGGAAGAGGUACAGUAG